CCGUCCGGCCUAUUUCCGCUUCCGCCACCACCCCUCCCUUUCUGCCGCGGCGCACGCGAGGUAUUCCCGCUCGGUGUCGGUGCCUCAGCGGCCGUCCCAAGGAGAUGCAGAACGACGCCGGGGAGUUCGUGGACCUCUACGUCCCUCGGAAAUGCUCCGCCAGCAACCGAAUAAUUGGUGCUAAGGAUCAUGCUUCUAUUCAGAUAAAUAUUUCUGAGGUUGACAAGGUAACAGGCAGAGUAAAUGGCCAGUUCAAAACAUAUGCCAUUUGUGGAGCAAUUCGUAGAAUGGGUGAAUCAGAUGACUCCAUUCUGCGUCUGGCAAAAAAUGAUGGAAUUGUUUCCAAGAACUUCUAACUGAAGAAACUCCAGUAUGGAACAUCUGACGUAAAAUAAACAGUUCAAACCUA